AUGACAAACAUGACUGAAACGUAUGUUGAUUCUCAGGAAAACCAUGGACCAGCAGUGCAAUAUUACACUUGUGAUAUCUGCGAUAUUUCUCUUGAUAACGAUGAGCGGCUAGUCUCGGAACACAAAACACUUCAUGCGGAAACCAGUUUGCAUAAAUGUGAUGAUUGUGACAAGAUAUUUCCUUCAGUUAAUGCAUUGGAAGCUCACAUGGAAAGGAAUGCCAAAGUGGCGCAAAAGGAAAAAAAAUGUCACAAAUGCAAUUACUGCAGCAAGAAAUUUCACUCCUCGAAAGACUUGGCAUGUCAUAAAAUCACACAUACGGCCGUUUUCGAAUGCGUCUCUUGUAAUGAACAAUUUCCAAAUGCAGCCGAACUUCGCAUGCACAGAAGAACACAUACGGUGCACAAAUGCGAUAUUUGCGGGAAGUUUUUUGCGGGUUCGUCCGGAUUAACCCGUCAUAAGAGAACACAUACGGGAGAAAAACCGUUCAAAUGUGACGUGUGCGAAAAAGGUUUCACGCAGUCUAUUCACCUAAUAGGUCAUAAAAGAACACAUACUGGAGACAAGCCCUACGCGUGCGAUGCAUGCCCCAAGGCGUUUCGCUUAUCGGGCGAUUUAUUGCAUCAUAAGAGAACGCAUACUGGAGAAAAAUCGUUCAAGUGCGACGAGUGUGACAAGGCAUAUUAUGUUGCGAGUCAACUGACGCGUCAUAAAAGAGCACACACAGGCGAUAAACCUUUUAACUGUGGUGUCUGCGGGAAAUCCUUUGCCUACUCAGGUGCAGCUGCAAAACAUCGUCGAACACAUGAAAAAGGAACGACGUUCAUCUGUGACAUUUGUGAAGGGAUACUUUCAAGCGCAGACAGCCUAGAACUGCAUAAGAAAUCGCACGAUGGUGGCAAUUAG